GAUUUUGAACGAACCCUCUCUCUUUUACCGCAUGCAGUGCUACGUGCACUGUAUUCUUUUACAUUUUUUACAAUAAACUCGGGUCUGUACACAGUGCGGCAUCAUGGUGCUAGACUUAGACUUAUUCCGUGCCGAUAAAGACGGUAACCCGGAUAAAAUCCGUGAAAAUCAGCGUAAGAGGUUCAAAGAUGUUGCCCUCGUCGACACCGUGGUGGAACAGGAUACCCUUUGGAGGAGAUUGCGCCACGAAGCUGACAAUUAUAACAAGCUGAAGAAUGUGUGUAGCAAAGCUGUGGGCUUGAAGAUGAAGAACAAGGAGGCUUUAGGGCCAGAGGAUGAGCCUGUGCCAGCUGAAUUGGCUGAGAAAUUGGUGGACCUCACUGCAGAUGACUUGAAACCUCUGACAGUGAACCAGAUCAAAAAGGUCAGACAACUGAUAGAUGAUGCCAUAGUAAAGAACGAGCAGGCUCUAGUGGUGGCAGAGAAGGCUCGCUCAGCAGCUCUCCGAGAAGUGGGGAACCACCUCCACGAGUCUGUGCCAGUGGAUGAUGACGAGGACCACAACAAAGUGGAGAGGACACAUGGAGACUGCACUUUCAGGACCAAGUACUCCCAUGUAGACCUUAUUUGUAUGAUCGAUGGUAUGGACGGUGACCGAGGUUCAGCGGUAGCUGGUGGCAGAGGAUACUACCUCAAGGGUCCCGCAGUGUUCCUAGAGCAGGCUCUAAUCCAGCUCUCCCUUAGAAUACUAUUAGAUAAAGGCUACACGCCACUUUACACUCCAUUCUUCAUGAGGAAGGAGGUGAUGCAAGAAGUAGCUCAACUAGCUCAAUUCGACGAGGAGUUGUACAAAGUAGUGGGCAAAGGCUCUGAGAAUAAGGGAGAUUCCGCUGUGGAGGAGAAGUAUCUCAUCGCCACCUCUGAACAGCCCAUCGCUGCUUACCACAGAGACGAGUGGCUGCCUGAGGCUUCAUUACCCAUUAAGUAUGCAGGCCUCUCAACUUGCUUCCGUCAAGAAGUAGGCUCCCACGGACGUGAUACUCGUGGUAUCUUCAGGGUACAUCAAUUUGAAAAGGUAGAACAGUUCGUACUGACCUCUCCCCACGACGAUGCCUCAUGGAAGAUGAUGGAUGAGAUGAUCACAAAUGCAGAGGAGUUCUACAAGCUACUGAACAUACCAUACCGUGUCGUGAACAUCGUGUCCGGAGCUCUGAACCAUGCUGCCUCAAAGAAGCUGGACUUGGAAGCUUGGUUCCCAGGGUCUGGAGCCUUCCGUGAGCUGGUGUCAUGCAGCAACUGUCUGGAGUACCAGGCUAGAAGACUGUUGGUCAGAUACGGUCAAACGAAGAAGAUGAACACGGCGACGGAGUACGUGCACAUGUUGAACGCGACCAUGUGCGCCACCACGCGCGUCAUCUGUGCCAUACUCGAGGUCAACCAGACUGAGGAGGGCAUCAAGGUACCUGAAGCUUUGAAACAAUGGAUGCCUGCACAAUACCAAGAGUUGAUCCCCUUCACUAAACCAGCUCCCAUUGAUUUGGAAGCAGCCGCUGCAGCCGCCAAGAAAAACAAGAAUAAGAAGUAAUUUACUGGCGAAAGUAUAUCAUUCCUGUGUAUGAAGCAUUUUAUUUAUUUUGAUACACUAAGCUUAACAUAUUUUUGCAAAAUUAAAUGAAUGGCCAGAUAAUAAUUUA